AUGCAAUCGUCGCUGCUGCUCCGCGCGAGGGGUCUCCCUGCCGCCAGAACUACUGUUUCCUCCGCCUUGUCCCGUACAAAGACUGCCUCGUACGCCACCUUCAAGGUUCCUCGCAUCGACAAUGAGCCAAACAAACAUUACACUCCUGGCUCUCCUGACCGGAAAGCUCUCCAAGAUGCUUUGGCUCGCUCACAGCAGAAUGCUCCUCUCAGCGUUCCUCUAGUUAUCGCCGGACAGGAGAUCAAAGCUUCUGAAUCGUUCACACAAUCGAACCCCGCCUCUCACGGCCCGGUGGCAACUUACUCCAACGCAACGGCCAGAGACGUUGAAGCGGCUAUCGCGUCCGCUCUCGAAGCUCGCAAGUCAUGGGCCUCGACUCCGUUCGCUGAUCGUGCCAGUGUUUUCCUCAAGGCGGCCGACUUGAUCUCCACAAAGUACCGCUACGAUGUGAUGGCUCUCACUAUGCACGGCCAGGGCAAGAAUGCCUGGCAGGCAGAGAUCGACUCCGCAGCCGAGCUCAUUGACUUCUUCCGCUUUGGUGUCAAGUAUGCUGAGGAUCUGUAUGCGCAGCAGCCCGUGCACAAUGCGCCUGGUGUUUGGAACCGCGUUGAAUACCGCCCUCUGGAGGGAUUCGUCUAUGCUAUCAGUCCCUUCAACUUUACCGCCAUUGGUGGUAACUUGGCUGGUGCUCCUGCACUGAUGGGUAACGUUGUCAUCUGGAAGCCUUCUCCAUCUGCCAUUGCGUCCAACUGGCUCGUCCACCAGAUCCUGCUCGAGGCAGGUCUGCCCAAGAACGUUAUCCAGUUUGUUCCUGGUGAAGCCGAAGAGGUGACCAAGACUGUUCUUGACCACCCCGACUUCGCUGCUCUCCACUUCACCGGUAGCACCAACGUUUUCCGCAACCUGUAUGGUCAGAUCUCCACUGGAGUUGCGGCUGGCAAGUACCGCAGCUACCCUCGCAUUGUCGGAGAAACUGGCGGCAAGAACUUCCACCUUAUUCACAAGUCGGCCGACGUGCGCAAUGCCGCUGUCCAGACCGUUCGUGGCGCGUUCGAAUUCCAAGGCCAGAAGUGCAGUGCUACAUCGCGCGCAUACGUGGCUGCCUCUAUCGCCGAUGAGUUCGUGGAGCAGGUCGCUACUGAGACCAAGAACUUGAAGGUCGGCCCUCCUUCUGAAUUCUCUAACUUCUGCGGUCCCGUUAUCCACGAGGCAUCGUUCAACAAGCUCAGCAAGGUCAUCGACGAAGCCAAGAACGACCCCGAGCUUGAGCUGGUUGCUGGAGGCACCUAUGACUCUUCCAAGGGCUGGUACAUCCAGCCCACCGUCUACCGCACAUCCAACCCCGACCACCCUCUUAUCACUCGCGAGCUCUUCGGCCCCGUCCUCGUCAUCCACACCUACAGCGAUGCCACCGAGGCCGAAUUCGCUCGUAUCGCCGAGAAGAUUGACCAGACCGGUGAAUAUGGCCUGACUGGUUCCGUGUUCUCUCAGGACCGAGAGGCCCUUGAAGUGGCGAAUGAAGCCCUCCGCAACGCCGCCGGUAACUUCUACAUCAACUGCAAGAGCACCGGUGCCGUUGUUGGCCAGCAGCCUUUCGGUGGCGCCCGUGCCAGUGGUACCAACGACAAGGCUGGUAGCGGAAACCUGCUCUCCCGCUUCGUCAGCUUGCGCUCGAUCAAGGAGGAGUUCGUCCCGACGUACAAGGUCACCUACCCCAGCAACGAGUAG